CUGCAGUCUCAUCUAUAUAGACGUCUACAAGAAUAUUUGAGAGGAUCAAGAAAACAUGGAAUUCUCGGAGAACAGCACUAAAAAGAGGAUCAAGAAGGAGUCAUUCGUCGACAAAACGAAAGAGCCUCACUUGUUGUUUUAUCGCAUUCCACCAAUCGAGAACAUUUCCCUCUCUGAAUUCGAGGAGCUGGCAAAACGAAGACUGGCAGUUUUGAAGCAUGUUGAGUCUGUUGGUAUCCGGCAUGUCAAAGGAAGCGAGGAGUACAAUGAAAGGAUGGAUAAAGAACUCAAGAAGUUGAUGCCCAUUGCUCACAGGAAGAUGAGUGGAGAAGAUUUGGCAGCUCACAAGCGAGAUGACCGAAUCUCACAUUUCAUCUUGAGGUUGGCGUACUGCAGAUCGGAAGACCUGAGGCGAUGGUUCAUUCAACAAGAGCUUGAUCUGUUCCGAUAUCGAUUCCUGAGAGAAUACAGUGAAUCUGUCACUCAAUUCCUGGCUGAAAACAAGCUUCAUUAUACUCCAAUCCCUGAGAAUGAGAAGGACGCAUUGAAUGAGAAGCUGGUGAGAUCUUCACCGGGGAUCAGCGCAUCCAUGAUGGCCCAUACAGACUUCUUCAAGGUGCCCUUCACAGAGGCCCUGGACCUGGUCAGAGGGAGGAAGGUCUUUAUUCAAAAAGGAUAUGCCUUUGUACCUCACAGUGAACUGGUAUCCAUUGUAAUAACGGCUUUCAGGUCUCAUCUCUCUCAGAGUCUCGCUAUCACAGCUCGUGGGAUACCCCACUUGGAGGAAGAUGGCCGCCUGCUGCCGAUGCUCAACAACCUGAGCAAGCAGUACCUAGGCCAGGACUACAGCAACAGCAAGAGGUCCGGGAACUCUGCCAUCAACCUUGAAGACAUAGAGAAGUACUCCAAGCAGUCGUUCCCGCUCUGCAUGCGUCAGCUUCACAUGUCACUCAAAGAGCACCAUCAUCUCCGUCACGGCGGCAGGAUGCAGUAUGGGUUGUUCCUCAAGGGUAUUGGGAUGACCUUGGAGCAGGCCAUGACCUUCUGGAGGUCAGAGUUCACACGUAUCAUGGACAUGGACAAGUUUGAUAAGCAGUAUUCCUACAACAUCCGUCAUAACUAUGGCAAGGAGGGAAAGCGGGCAAACUACACACCAUACAGCUGUAUGAAGGUCAUUAUGAGCAACGCACCAGGACAGGGAGAUUACCAUGGUUGUCCGUUCCGUCAUACUGACGGUGCCUUGUUGAAGCAGCGACUCUCCACCUUUGGACUGACCCAGCAGGGGGUGGACCAGGUGAUGGAGCUGGUCAAGGGUCAUCACUAUCAGCUGGCCUGCACCCGAUACUUUGAGCUCUCGCAUAACGUCCCAGAGACUGAGUUUCUUCUCAACCAUCCUAACCAAUACUUUGAGGAGAGCUUGAGGGUGAGAGGAGGGGGCACCGGCAGGAAAGAAGGUUUCUCCUCAACCCCAUCGAACCGAAAACCAGUUUCGCGUUACGCCUCUACACCGUCACAAAAUAAUUCCCAGUCACCAUCAACAGCGCCCUCACAGGCCAAGGUGAAGACAGAUCCUGAAGCGGAGUUUGACGAGAUGGAUAUAUCCUUUGAGGAGGCAGAGGCUCUAGAAAAAGCUCUCCAAGAAGCAACUACUGCUUGAUAAAGAACUGGCUGCUGGCAUCGAUCACCUAUUAAGUGUGUUUUGUUUGUUUUUUUGUUUUGGGGGGCUAACAACCAGAAACUUUUGGAAGAUCAAAGAAUUGUCAUUGUUUACAAGGAUGACCAAUAGACCAUUUUCGUAAUGUAACCAAAUUUGUACUUAGGUAUGCCUCAAAACAAAUCAUUUCAAUUAGUACGUGAUUAGUACAAAUAAUUGUAUUUCAAUACCGGUAGUCAGAAUGUAAAUAUAUCCUAUGUGUUGUUAGGUAGGACAAGCCAUACUUUUCUUUUUCUUUGUCCUUCCUAGCAUAACUAAUGUAUGCAAUUUGAAUUCUGACUACAUAUUGAGAUAUACUUAUUUAUAACAGCUGAAUUAAAUCAUUUUGUUACAUUUCGAAAAUGCCCUAUUUCAAAGCAAGAAAUUCUUGCACUGAAAACACAAAAAGUAGUGUUGUGUAAAAGUGUCCAUGACAUGAAACUUUUGUGAGUCUGAAGCAGUCAUAAUAUAAGCAAAUAUUCAUGCACCCGAAUUUUUCUGGUUUAACUAUAGUACAUUAUAUACCUCUUACUGUUUAUCAAGUUUUGCCCAUAUUUUCUUAUGGAUCAAUAUGUAAGAAAGUCAGGUCAGGUCGAUAAAUGAUUUUACUUAUUCCAGUAUAUCCUUUGACCAUAAUAAUAGACAUUUUCAGGAUGAUUAUAUAUUCACUUAUUUGCAUGACGAAUAUUAGUUGCUGGUAUGUUGUUCAUGUUUAAAGCCAAGUAGGUUUACACCCAUUUUCAACAAUAUGAGUUAUAAAAUCUGCCCAACAAUUGUUUUGUACAGAAUAAAAUACAUGCACUAUGAAAAUAUUGUUCAAUAUAGAAAUUAAAGUUUGGGGAAUUUGGACAGAAACUGUUGAAGCUAUUCUGAAAGUAUAAAGGUAUAAAGGUAUAAAAUGGUGAAACUUGAUUAAAAGCAGACAGCACAUGUAUCUACAAGGGUACAUGAACAUAAAAGAUGAUUUAUUCUUGUUGGUUUUAUCAAGCCUCUCAUUUCCCUCGUGUCUACCGGUAGUUAAUUUUGUCAAUUACCCAGUAAAUUACAAAUUGUCUGUGCAUUUAUUCAUUUGGCAGUUAUGAUUUAUUUGUUUACCUCUUGAUAUCUGAUGGAAGUUAUUUGGAUUCAGUUGGAACUCAUGUUUUUUUCUACUCAUCUCCAGAAUUCAAGAUUACAUGUAAUGUUACAUAAUUAUAUAAAAAAGGCCAGUGACCAAAAGAUUGUAUUUCUCAUGAUGAGAAUACAUGUGUAAUAUAUUUUCUAGCUUACAACAAAAUAAUAUCCCUAAUAUAAAAAUUCAGAACAUACUGUCAGACAGCAUGUGUAAAUAUAGUACAUCUGUACAGUUACAAUGAUCAGGGGGAGAUUCUAGAGUUUUGUAAUCUCUUAAAUCUACCAGUAAACUCCCCCCCCCCCCCCCAAGAAAUAACUUAGUUAUUCUGCAAGAUUUAUUGAAUUCUUUCCCAUUAAUCUACAAAAUUCCCCACCAAAGAGUAUGAGAGAGGUACAUGUAUAUUAAAAGCACUAUAAUGUUUUUAGCAUAAUGUUCAGUUUCUCAGGACAACAUGGACAUCGCCAAUAUCGUGAUAUGUGACGAACUAUGUGAAGUUGUUAAUAUCAAGUAUAUGUGUUUCAAUUCAUGGAUGUUGCCUUCCCCCCACGUGUGUGUGGUGAUAAAGUAUUUAAUUCACCUGCUAUUAUCUUUUGUACUACCAUUGUCGAAACGAAAAUUAUAUAAAUAGAUUUUUGCUCUUCUGGGGUGAAGGUUGUAAAGAAUAUUGUACAUCAAUAGGCAGGAAUAAAUAUUAUCUCUCAGCAUACCUACACUUAUUCUUUGAGGUGACUGGUUUUCUCUGCUAAGGCCUGAUAACUUUGUACAUUAACACAUGUAAAUACAUGUAUAUGACACAUGUAAUCAAUAAUGUAAUGACAUAAUAAAGAUGAAAACUGAUAACCCCCUAUAAGCUUA